GUUUACUCUGUGAGUGCGACAGUUGGGUUUUGAAUUUUCACCUUGGAAAAAACUGUUGGAUGCAGAGACUGAAGAGGAUAGAAUUUUAGUUAAAUGCAAUAUAGAAAAAUUGUUGGAUAUUCAGUUAUAUUAUAAAAGUAUUUUAUUGAUAUUGUCUUUCAGCAGAGGAUAAUGGAUGUCGAGAAUAUGGAUUCUUCCAUCAUAAAUGGACAUGAGUGGGCUCAGGACCUCAAAAAAUUCCUUGACUCUUGCACAGAAAAAUAUUUUCUUCGCUGGAAUAAUGUAGUUAUUGAACUAGGAGUGAGUGAUCAAUAUAUUGACAAGUGGGUGGAUAUUUUUAAAAGACAAAUCGAAGAACGAUAUGAAGAUUUGGUUAAUGAUGUCAUUGAUAUGAAAGCAAAAGUACUUGAUGAAAUUAGUGAGUUAUUGGAAAAUGCACAAAAAUAUGCAAAUGAACUAGGACUUCAAGAAGUUUUGCAUGAAAUAAAUCCUAAAGGAAGAUUAUAUCAUGUGAAAAAGGAUUUAGUUGAAAGGACAGAAAAAUUGAAAAUGAUCAUGGAAGAAAGACAGAAUGAAAUAAAAAAUCUCAUGGAAAAACAGAAAGAAUUGUGCAAUAUUUUAGAAAAAACUCCAUAUGAACUACCACUAUCGCCAUUACCCCGAAAAGAAGAAAUUGAAAAUGUCCAGAACUAUGUCGAUUCUCUGGAACAAGAAAAGUUUAAUAGGGAGGAACGCUACCUUGCUCUGAAGGAAGCAAUAGGUAGAUUAUCCCACGAAUUAGAUUUUGUACCAAAAACCGAUUUUGAAAGGGACAUACUUUCUGAAACAAGAAGGAACUUCGAUAUAACUGAAACUAAUAUGAAACAGCUGCAAAAAUGUCAUGAUGACAUGGUUCAGCAAUUGGCUAGUAUGAAAGAAGAGAUUGAUAAUCUCAGAAGUAGUAUAGAUGAACUGUGGAAUAUUCUUGAAGAGAGUAUGUCCAAAAGGCAUUUGUUCCAUGAACAAUAUAGUGGGUACACAGUUGGAACCUUGAAAGCCUUAAGGGAAGAAGUUAAACGAUGUGAAGAACUCAAAAAAGCUAAUAUUAAGGUUUUUGUGGAAAAAUUAAGAACUGAGCUCCAUGAACUGUGGCGUAACUGUUAUCAUCUGAACGAAGAAAGUCAAGCAAACUAUCAAUGGUUAACUUCUGAUUUGUACACAGAAGACCUCUUAUCUUAUCAUGAAUUAGAAGUGAGAAAAUGGAGAAAUUUCUACACAAAGAAUGAAAAAUUGAUCAAACUAUUCGCAGAGCAUCAGGAAUUAUGGAAUAAUCUUUUGGAAAUGGAAAAUCAGGAUGCAGUUGGUCCUAACAGAUACAAAAACAGAGGGGGUCAAUUAUUAAAAGAAGAAAAAGAAAGAAACAAAUUGUCUAAGAAAAUACCAUUGAUUGAAGAGAAAAUUCAACAACAAGCAAUGAAUUAUGAAGAUUUCACUGGAAUACCCUUCAUGAUUUUUGGAACCCCAAUUAUGGAAUUUAUUGAAAAUUUGCAUACACAGAGAGAUCAGAACCGCAAAAUUAAGCUGAGCGCCCGCAAACAGGUUAGAGAACAGGAGACUCUCUUAACUCCAGCAAAGUCUUGCAUGAGUUUAUUCCCUUCAUCCUCAAAGAUGUGCCUCACCCCACAAACUAACUCUGUGAAGCGAAAGUUGCUCAAACCAUUAACAACUGGAAAAAGGCCAAAGUUAGAAGGUUUUGCCAACUCCAAAGCACAAGAUGGUUUCAGUUCAGUAGAACCUGAAAGAUUGAGAAAUUUUCGGCGCUUGUCUCAGGAAAAGGCUAAAAAGCUGAAGAAAUGCCGAAAGUUAUUAAACAUGCAGAAGACUAGUAACAAUAAGGAGAACCUUGAUGAUACUAAUGCAACAAACUACGAUGUUUUUGAGAGGAAUAUAUCCACCAGGGAUGAUAAUUGCAGAAGUACACUGAAUCCCGGAGAAAUACUACAGUCUGUGAAAAUUAUACCAGAGAUAAAGAUUAUUCCACACACCCCUUCAAAAUUGAAGAUGCCAACUACACCCAGGCAACAUAAAACCGAAACACCCAGAGGAUCUAAACUCACAAGGGCACCAAGCAAUUUAAAAUUGAUAUUUUAACGUCGCUAUUUGUUUUUAACUAGCCACGUUGAAAUAAUGUUUGAUUCAUCAAUUGAACUACUUUCUAUCGUAUUAUAUGAUGAAGACUUUGUGUAUGUACAUUUUUAAGGAAUUAUAUCUUUCAAUUCUUCUGCAAUAUUUUUUAUAAUAAGGGAAGAAGGUAUUUUUAAAUAAUUAUAUUAUUCACAAUAAAAUAACACGGAUGUAUGAAUUUGUUUGUAAUGUAUGUUUUGAGAAAUUGAAGGAAUUCAAUUAUAACACAUGGCUUUUGGGACAGUUUGGCCUCUUCUUACAAAUACUUGAAUGAAUCAUUGAUUUUGUCAUUGAAAAUUUGUUUUUCCUCAAGAGUAUAUUGAAAAGUUAUGUUUUUUUAUAGUAUUUGAAAAACCGUCCAACAUUCCAUAACUAUUAUUUUCUUCAAAGUGUUGUUAAUGAUGUGCAUCAGAGCUCUCUUUAUUUGGAACAACAACAGUAUUAAGUUUUUUGUAUGUUUAUAUUAUUUAAAUUCUCAGAAUAAAAUUUUUUUAACAUUU